AUGGUCAGCCCUUCUGGCCCUGAUACCGACGAAUUCAUGGGCAUUCCUUCUAGCCCUGAUACCGACGAAUUCAUGGACAUUCCUUCUAGCCCUUAUGCCGGCGAACUUAAACCAAAUUUGAGCUGUGUUUUUCACGGGUUUGGUUAUGACCAACUUAGAGAUGACUAUAAGGUCAUUCAGUAUAUAUCAUUUAACUUCCAUACUCUGCCAACAAAAAGUUUUCUUGAGAUAUAUAGUUUAAAAAGUAAUUCUUGGAGAAUGAUCGACAUGGACAAUGUUUUGUUUAAUUGUAAUUUUCCUAAUCCAUUUUUUGGUCUCGAAGUUUAUGUGGAUGGAGCGUGUCAUUGGCUGGUUAACAAAUUGAUCAAAGAUGGUCCAUAUGAAAUAUCUCUCUUGUCAUUUGACCUGAGUGAUGAGGUGUUCCUUACAACACCCAUCGGGAAAGCAUCUUCUUUUCCAUACAAUAGACACUUGGCAGUGUUAAAUGGAUCAAUUGCUUUAAUCUCAAGUUAUGUCAAUGAGAUUGUUUUUCAAAUAUCUAUUUUGGGUGAACUCGGUGUGAGUGAAUCAUGGAUCAAACUAUAUACUUGUGGCUCCUUCCCUUCCAUUCAAUGGCCCCCAAUUGGAUUUGGGAAGAUGGGAUAUAUAUACGUUAAAAAAAAUGAUUAUGAACUGGCUUAUGUUAAUUUGAGCACCCAAAUAAUUGAAAAGAUUGGUAUUACUGGUGGACAGUUAUGUUAUGUUAAUGUUGGUCUUUACAAGGAAAGCCUUCUUUCAUUUGGAGGAUCAAGUAAUUAG